AUGCAUGUGUUGCGCAACAUGCUUGCGUGUAAGACUGUGAAAGAUGCUGAAGCGAUUCAGUCCGAGUGGUCAACCCAUCCAGUGGAGCGGCCUCGUCGCCGCCUACCCCUUCCGCGGCCCUGUCGCCGCCCUUUCAGCGACCCCGUCGCCGCCUACCCCUUCCGCGGCCCUGUCGCCGCCCUUUCAGCGGCCCUGUCGCCGCUCUUCCGCGGCCCCGUCGCCGCCCUUUCAACGGCCCCGUCGUCGCCCUUCAGCGGCCCCGUCGCCGCCUUUCAGCGGCCCCGUCGCCGCCCUUCCGCGGCCCUGUCGCCGCCCUUUCAGCGGCCCCGUCGCCGCCCCUACCUGCGGCCCCGUCGCCACCCUUCAGCGGCCCCGUCACCGCCCUUCCGCGGCCCCGUUGCCGCCCUUUCGGCGGCCCCGACGCUGCCCUUCAGCGGUCCCGUCGCCGCCUUUCAGCGGCCCCGUCGCCGCCCUUCCGCGGCCCUGUCGCCGCCCUUUCAGCAGCCCCGUCGCCGCCCCUACCUGCGGCCCCGUCGCCGCCCUUCAGCGGCCCCGUCGCCGCCCUUCCGCGGCCCCGUCGCCGCCCUUUCAGUGGCCUCGUCGCCGCCCUUCAACGGCCCCGCCGAGCCGCCCUUGCUGCCGAGCUGCCGAGCCGCUACACCGACGAGCCACCAAGCCGCUGAGCCGCCGAGCCGCCUGUGCUGCCGAGCUGCCGAGCCGCCUUUGCCGCCGAGCCGCCUUUGCCGCCGAGCCGCCGAGCCGCACUGCAGCCGAGGCGCCGCCGCCUGUCGGCCUGCCCUAAUCCGCCUCACUUACCUGGGUCGGGCAGUUGACAUUGAGGUUUGGGUAGAUGAUCUGCAGCUUUUCCUACAGUGCGAUAGGGAAGAUGGUCUCUCCCUGUUUGACCUCACUUCUGGUGCCUCUCCUGCCCCUGCUGCUGAUGCUAACGCCACUGUUCGCUCACAAUGGGCCACGCGCGAUGCUGCUGCUCGCCUUGCUGUGCGCCGCCACUUACCGACCACUGAGUGUGCACACUUUAGCCAGUACAAGAGUGCUCAGACCUUGGACCACUUCCUCUCAGUUUGCCCCACCACUCUCACCGUUGACCUCCUCGAGAAGGCCCUCCUAGCAGCAGAGAAGAGUAUAGUCGCUGUAGGAGCCUCUCGUGGUGACCCUCGCACCCCCGUCUUUGAGGGGUGUUCUCCCUCCCCCCUCUUGCCCUCUGUUGCCUCUGCUGCUGCGGCCGACCUCGUUGGUUUCGAGUCAGUCGGCGCUGCGUCUGCCCCGAGCGGGAGACGCCGCACCGGCAAGGGCAAGGGGGGCAAGGGCGCUGGAGGGGCUGGCGGGGGCGAUGGAGGUGGUGGUGGAGGCAGUGGAGGGAGUGGGGGUGGUGGUGGGAGUGGUGCCGGGGGUGGCGGCGGCGGCGGCAGCAGUGGAGGCGGCGGAGGCGGCGGUGGUGGCGGAGGGAGCGGUGGCUGCGGAGGUGGUGAAGGAGGCGGAGGUGGAGGAGGCGGCAGAGGCGGCGGCGGCGGCGGUGGUGGAGCGGUUCGCGACUCUGCGCAGAGGAGUGGCUCAGGUGGUGGUCCGCGCCGCAGAGUGGUGUGA